AUGGUCUCUGGACGAGUGCUGGCCAAUGGCUUCAGCGCUCGCCGGGCCAUAACCACCGCGUCGCGCUCUUCCACCGCCAGACCGACCGCGUCCCUGAAGCUGAACAAAUCUCCUCUGGGAUCGACUUUUUUCCGGAGAUCCUAUGCUGAUGCCUCCGAGGCUGCCAAGGUCGCCGAAAGGCACCCUGCGAAGAAGCCCAAGGCCACCACCAUCCUUCGCAGUACCCUGCGCUGGACCUGGCGUGUCACUUACAUCUCGUCCAUUGCUGGCUUUGGUUAUCUCUCCUGGAUCAUUUACCAGUCUCGGAAUCCUGUUGACCAGGCUGAGCCUGACCCAUCCAAGAAGACUUUGGUUGUUCUCGGCACCGGAUGGGGCUCCGUUUCGCUGCUGAAGAAUUUGGAUACCGAAAACUACAACGUCAUCGUCAUCUCCCCGCGCAACUACUUCUUGUUCACCCCUCUUCUGCCAUCAUGUACCACCGGUUUUGUCGAGCACCGUUCGAUCAUGGAGCCGAUCCGUAACUUCCUCCGCUUCAAGAAGGCGGCUGUCAAGUUCUACGAGGCCAAUGCCACCAAGAUUGACUAUGAGCGCAAGGUUGUUCACAUUAGCGACGAGUCUGAGAUUCGUGGCGACACCUGUGCGACAGAGGUUCCCUUUGACAUGCUCGUCGUCGGUGUCGGCGCCGAGAACGCUACUUUUGGUAUCCCCGGUGUCCGCGAACACUCUUCCUUCUUGAAGGAGGUCGGUGACGCCCAGAAGAUUCGCACUCGCAUCAUGGACUGCAUCGAGACUGCCACCUUCAAGGAUCAGACCCCCGAGGAGACCAAGCGUCUUUUGCACAUGGUUGUCGUCGGUGGUGGCCCCACUGGUGUUGAGUUUGCCGGUGAGCUGCAGGACUUUUUCGAAUCGGACCUCAAGAAAUGGAUGCCCGAGAUCCGCGACAAGUUCCACAUUACUCUGAUUGAAGCUCUCCCCAACGUCCUUCCCAUGUUCUCCAAGCAAUUGAUUGAGUACACCGAAAAGACUUUCAAGGAGGAAACCAUUUCGAUCCGCACCAAGACCAUGGUCAAGAACGUCACGGAAAAGUACAUUGAGGCCGAGUUCACCCAGCCCGACGGCACCAAGGUGAUGGAGCAAAUUCCCUAUGGUCUCCUCGUCUGGGCCACCGGUAACGCCGUUCGUCCCAUUGUUGCCGACCUCAUGAAGCAGAUCCCCGCCCAAAAGGACUCUCGCCGCGGUCUCGCCGUCAACGAGUUCCUCGUCGUCAAGGGCGCCGAGAACGUGUGGGCGGUCGGUGACUGCGCCAUUGCCAACUACGCCCCCACCGCCCAGGUCGCUGCCCAGGAGGGUAUGUUCUUGGCCCGUCUCUUCAACUCCAUGGCCAAGACCGAGGCCAUUGAGAAGAGGCUCGAGGCGCUCUCUGAGGAGCAAUCCAAGGCCGCCGGCGAGGACCGCACCCGCGUCCUCAACGACAUCAAGGAUGGCCAGAAGCAGCUCCGUCGCGUCAAGCAGAUUGGUCCCUUUGAGUACUCGCACCAGGGUAGCUUGGCCUACAUUGGUAGCGAACGUGCCGUCGCCGAUAUCAGCUGGCUCAGCGGUAACCUCGCCACUGGUGGUACCCUGACCUACUUUUUCUGGCGUAGCGCCUACCUGAGCAUGUGCUUUAGCACUCGCAACCGGAUUCUCGUGAUUGCCGACUGGAUCAAGGGCACCAUCUUCGGUCGCGACAUGUCGCGCGAGUGA